GAGCCCAGUUUGGUUGUGACUUUUGUUGUUUCACUGGGGCAGAACCCAACGGAGGCUGAGCUCCAGGACAUGAUCAAUGAGGUCGAUGCUGAUGGUAACGGCACCAUUGAUUUUCCAGAGUUUCUCAACCUUAUGGCUCGCAAGAUGAAGGACACUGACUCAGAGGAAGAGCUCAAGGAGGCCUUCCGGGUGUUUGACAAGGACCAAAACGGUUUCAUCUCUGCAGCCGAGCUCCGCCAUGUCAUGACAAAUCUUGGUGAAAAGCUAACCGAUGAGGAGGUGGACGAGAUGAUCCGUGAGGCUGAUGUUGAUGGUGAUGGUCAGAUCAACUAUGAGGAGUUUGUCAAGGUCAUGAUGGCCAAGUGAGCCACCAAACGAUAAUCUCAAGGAGGAGAAGAUUGUGCAUUGCAUAUUAGUCAAGAUGCAACUCUUAUUUCAUCAACUUCCUGUGGAACGUUCUACUAGCUGUAGUUGCUAAAAGGACAGUACAGUUCCUGCCGUGUUGUUCUCUCCACUGUGUUUUCAGAUCUUGUGUUUUAUGUGAACCUGUAAUGCUUGCCUUCCCUGUAUGUCCUGAUUGCAGUUGGACCCAUAUGUAGCUAUAUUUUUUUCCAUUUUGACUGUCAGUAUUGAUGGAUGGCCGGUUGUUGUCUUUUGCCAUAAUAU